CGUUGUUUGUUGUUGUCUUCGUUUUAGUAGUCCAUCCGCGCGCGGGUGAUUCCCCGUGUGCAAUUUUAUGUGUAGUGCACCACACAAGCACAAGCCUACCUUCGUUCCAAAUCCCAGCCCAGAGCGAUCUUAUUGCAUCAGUAUUUCUGACGACGUUGCAUGCAAAACGGGAGUGUGUUGAACUCAGCUUUUUUUGCUUGAUUUCAAUCGACGUCUACGUAUGCAUCCUGGUUUAAACAGGUAUCCCGAUCAGCAAACUUUCACAAAAUGGCCCCAAGCGCUACGCGUAUCGAGAAGUUCAAAGCGACCGAGUGCUACCAAACGGUACGGAACCGACUCAAGCAAUGGUAUCUCCGAGGUCAGGCGGUCAGCUUGGACGACAAGAACCAGCUGGCAGGGCUGAACAAGAUGUUCGAGGUGGAGACGGAGAAUCAGGUCGUGAACCUGCUUGGUUUUGCGCUGAACAAGCCGCUGGCUCAGUUUGACGAGAGUCCCGAGGAGGUCGAGCGACUGCUGGCCAACGGAGAGAUGUGCUUCAUCGAGGACAAGGCCAGCGUGAUGAUUCGGAAGGUGGUCGCUAAGAUGAUGAGUUACAGCUUCUCGUUGAUUCCGCUGGUGGUGGUGCCGGAUUACGACAAGCCGGACAAGGUUUACGAAACGUUGCUGAUAAAGGUGUUUUGUUAUGGUGAUAACUGUAAGCUGUAUUACGUCGACAUGGCCGCCCGGAUAUACGACAGCUUUGAGCACUUUCUGGAGAAGAACAAGCUGCCGUACUCGAUUCUGUGCUACCCUCGGGAUGGCCAGGUGUCGUUCGACGCGACCGGGGACAUCGAGAUUGAGUGUAGUAAUGUCGGGCUGAAGAACUCGAUUUUCAACGUGACCGAUAUCGUGCUGGGCGUGGUUGGAGUUGUCGGUUCGGCUGGAACCAUCUUCGCCACCGGUGGACUGGCCAUUCCGUUUUUGACUGCUGCCAUGGGUUCGGCGGCGUACACAACGGGGCGGAGCAUUGUGAAGCUGGUCGAUUCGGACCAGCACGGAAUGUCGCUGAAUCCGUUGAAGGAUGCUGAGGCGCGCAACAACUGGUUGAUGGUUUCGGCCAACCUGUUUGCGUUCGCAUCUCUCGGAACAACGGCCACAAUUGCGGCGGUAGCGACCAACGCUGAAACGAUAACGGCCACUCAACUGAGCCGGUUGGUGAUGGCAGGCCGAGUUCUGAAGGGAUUUACGGCCGGCGUGAACGCCCUGACAAUCGUAGAUUCCGUCGUGUACGCCGUCAACAAUUGGCACCUGUUGUCACUAUACGAGAAGAUUUCCCUGGCAUGUUCCGUUUGCUUCUGCUUCCGGGAGGUGAUCAGCUUCAUUAACGCCGAACGGCUGAUUCGUGAAUGCCAGAUCAGCGGCAUUUGCAACUUCUUCAAGAGUUGCGUGGUGGGUAGCAUCACGUCGAUUGAUACCUUUGUUACGAACACGCGUCAGCUGUUCCAAUCGAAUGAUCAGUUCCUGGAAAUAGGACUGAGACUGGUUCGAGACUUGUUGCGUAACAAUUUUGACGUGACGGUCGACGAAGAGUUCACCACGUUCCGUUUCUUCGGGUUUGAGUACAAAACUAAAACCAUACUCCGUAUGGAACAGGUCAGGUUGAGUAAGUUUCUGUACAUGAUCCAAGGGAUUGCGUUGACCUUUAAAGAUGCGUUCUCUCUGAUGAGAAAAUAUUUCGGCGAUGAAACAAUCCUGUCGACGGUCUCCAAGCAUGCCGAUGACCGUGGUGGUGAAGUGGAGCACUACGGAAUGGUAAUCAAUGACCUGAUCCAGGUUUGCGAGAUCCUCCGUCGCGUUGGGAGUGACAUCACUGUCCUAAUCGAAAUGGGACUCAUCGUGGGAGCGGGACAUCGCUUCACCGUCAGUUCGGCGUUCAAGACCUUCGUGAAAUGUGGCGUAACCAAAGCGAUCCCUCUGGUGAAAGCCCUGGUCGAGAUGAAUCCUCGCGAAGUAAACCGCCUCAACGCACUUCGUGACCGUCCGGAAACCCAGGAAGAACUCAUCUUCAAGUGGAUCACCGAAGGAACUAAUAGAAGCGAUGAAAUGCUUUCCAAAGUUCGCUCUCUACUUACAGUCGACGAUCUUUGCACCGAGCAAUCGCUUCGCAUCACCAACCUAAACAUCCCACAAGCAACUGUCGAAGUUGAAUCGCUGAUCGAAGUCGACCCUAAACUCAUAAAACGAAUCAUCCCGGAAAAGCACCGAUUCUACGUUAAUCCAAAGUUUCACCGAAUCUUCGACGCGGCCAUGGGCUCCCACCGCGACUUCCUAAAGCAGGUCUGGAUCAACGGAACCAUGCUCCAGCCGAACCCACGCGAUAAAUUCUUCGAGAAGUUGGACGCCUUGGACGCGGCCCUGCAGCAAUAUUCCUCAUUCGUGGAAGCGGUCGUGUUUUUCGCAUCCCAAAUGCAAAGCGCCAACUUCCGCCAGUUUGCGUACCACGUCCUGUUUGCGCUCAACAACGUAGAGCGGUUCAUGGAGGAAACUGGCUUCGAUGCAUCCGGAGCAAACGACGCCUUCCUCGCGGACUGCGCUUCCGUAAUGUUCCGCUACAAGCAGUGCGAAACGAGGGCCCAGGAGCUCUCCCUUGCGGGUUACUGCCCGGCGGAGUUUGGCCAACCCGACGAGCAACUGCUGGAGCAGGUCAAACAGCUGGCUGCCGUCCAGAAGCUCCGCUUCGGACCUGUCGAAAAUGCCGCCCUCCACUUGGACCAGAUUCCUAUGCUGCGGCUCGGUUCGGAAAUACUCAAGUACAACCGCUUCAUCGCGACCAAGUGCUUCGAACGGGAGGAGGUGCGAACCGUGGUGGAAGGGCUGAAAUCGUUGGUAUUCCUGGCCAACGAUGACCUGAAGGUUGUGGUGGGGGUGGUGCACGGGGAAGGUGCUUACAUUGACACCGUGAAGUUCACGCUGGAGAAUUGAACGUUUUGCGCAAAAGUGUGUUGCAUUCUGCGAGUGGCUUCUAGUAAACCAGUUGAUAUCUUGUUAGUGCCUUAUAAUUGUAUUGUUGCAUAGAACAUAAAUAAAUGAUAUUUUAUUAAAUGCUCA